AUGGAGAGGAUUCGAACGCUCACUUGCUUCUCUCUACUCUCACUUGUAUCAAUCUGUUCAUCGUCACAAUCCCAUUCUUUACCGGGUUUUGAGACUGAGUUGUUGACUCGGGACCUUUUGGAAUCAGCAAAAGAUGCCCAGUUCUUCGGCUGGUUGAAAAGAGUUCGUCGGAGAAUCCAUGAGUACCCGGAAUUAUCAUUUGAAGAGUUUGAGACGAGUCAACUCAUUAGAAAUGAGCUUGACUCGCUGGGUAUUAAGUACCAGUGGCCUGUGGCAGAAACUGGAUUGGUGGCCACUAUUGGAUCCGGGGCUCAGCCCUGGUUCGGUCUCAGAGCGGACAUGGAUGCCCUCCCUAUUCAGGAAUUGGUGGAAUGGGAGCAUAAGAGCAAGAUUAAAGGAAAAAUGCAUGCUUGUGGCCAUGAUGCUCAUUUGACAAUGUUGCUUGGAGCAGCCAAAUUGCUGAAGCGCAUAUCCCAUAAGUUGAAGGGUACUGUUAAGCUUGUCUUUCAACCUGGUGAAGAAGGUCAUGCUGGGGCAUAUCACAUGCUAAAAGAUGGAGCUCUAGACGGGGUUCAAGCUAUUUUUGGCUUACAUGUUGCACCAUAUUUGCCCACUGGUAAAAUCAGUUCGAAACCUGGUCCAAUGAUGGCUGGAUCAGGCAGAUUUUCAGCUAUCAUUCAUGGGAAAGGUGGACACGCAGCAAGCCCACAUAAAACUAGAGAUCCAAUUCUUGCUCUUUCUAUGGCAAUCCUUGCACUCCAGCAGAUUGUUUCUCGAGAAACUGAUCCUUUAGACGCCAGGGUAAUCUCAGUUGCAUUUGUAGAGGGUGGUCAGGCAGGAAAUGUAAUCCCUGAGACAGUCAAGUUUGGUGGCACGUUUCGUUUCUUGAAUGCAGAAAGUUAUUCCUACAUCCGUCAAAGGAUUAAAGAGGUUGUGGAAACUCAAGCAACUGUCCACCGGUGUACUGCAACAGUCGACUUCAUGGAGGAGAAACUGAUACCUUAUCCAGUUACGAUCAAUAAUCCUGUGAUAUACGGACAUGCUAAAAAGGUUGGAGAGUCAUUGCUUGGGGAGAAUAAUGUGCUGCUCACCCCAAUGACUAUGGGAGCCGAAGAUUUCAGCUUCUAUUCUCAGAAGAUGCCCGCAACAUUUUUUAUGAUUGGAACAAGAAAUGAGACGACCAAACCUAUCAAACCGUGGCAUUCGCCCCACUUCAUUAUUGAUGAAGAUGUUCUUCCCAUAGGAGCUGCUCUACAUGCUGCAGUCGCCAUUACUUACUUGGAUGGCCAUGUUGAAAAUCAGUAG